CCGAGGGGCGGGGCCGGAGCAGCGCGAGCGCCGCCGAGCGACGGAGGGCGCCCCCCCCGCGGAUGCAGCGUGAGGGCGGCGCUGGACGCUCGUGCGGGAUGGGGCUGCACGCAGCCUACGCGCAGCUGGACCCUCUGGAGCCCCGUGAGGCGCCGCCCCCCAAGCGCCCCCCCAGCACCGCGCUCUUCGCCGUCCUCUCCGCGCUCUUCCUCCUCACCUUCCUCGUCCUCGGCCGCCUGCGGCUCGGCGGCGACGCCGACGGCAGCGCCGGCUCCUGCGGGGACGCCUGCAGGAUCGUGCUGGUGGAGAGCGUCCCCGAGGGAAUGGCCCCGAGCGCCGGCCGCGCGCCCAACCCGUCCACCUUCGACGCGUGGCUGGGGCUGCUGGGCACGGCCGCCCGCAGCGUGGACAUCGCCUCCUUCUACUGGACGCUGACCAACGAGGACACGCGGACGCACGAGCCCAGCGCGGCGCAGGGCGAGCGGAUCCUGGCGGAGCUGCUGCGGCUGCCCGGGCGCGGCGUGGCCGUGCGCGUGGCCGUCAGUGCGCCCUCGGCCAAGGCGCCGCUGGACGAUCUCCGGGCGCUGGAGCGCAGCGGUGCGGCUGUGCGCGCCGUGGACCUGCCGCGCCUCACCGGCGGCGUCCUGCACACCAAGUUCUGGCUCGUGGACGGCGUCCACCUCUACGUCGGCAGCGCCAACAUGGACUGGAGGUCCCUGACUCAGGUGAAGGAGCUCGGAGCCGCCGUCUACAACUGCAGCUGCUUGGCCCAGGAUUUGGGCAAAAUCUUCGAGGCCUACUGGGCUCUGGGCGUUCCCGACGCGUCCAUCCCGGCGCCGUGGCCGGACAACUACUCCACCGCCUUCAACAUGGAGACGCCGCUGGAGCUGGCGCUCAACGACACCGCGGCCGCCGUCUACUUCUCGAGCUCCCCGCCCCCGCUCUGCGCCGCCGGCCGCACCCAGGACCUGGACGCCCUCCUGUCGGUCAUCGACGGCGCCGAGGCCUUCGUGGACGUGGCGGUGAUGAGUUACCUGCCCACCACCGAGUUCUCGCGGCCCGAGCGCUUCUGGCCGGCCAUCGACGAGCGGCUGCGCAAGGCCGUGUUCGAGCGCGGCGUGCGGCUGCGGCUGCUGGUGGGCUGCUGGCGGCACAGCCGCGCCUCCAUGUUCCCCUUCCUCAAGUCACUCGCCGCCGUCGCCGACAACCACACGCACUACGACGUGGAGGUGGUGGGUACCGCGGGCACGGUGCCCUCAGGGGGUGACAGUCCCUCAGAGGGUGACAGUCCCUCAGAGGGUGACAGUCCCUCAGAGGGUGACAGUGCCCUCAGGGGGUGACAGUCCCUCAGAAGGUGACCGUCCCUCAGGGGGUGACAGUCCCUCAGAAGGUGACAGUGCCUCAGAGGGUGACAGUCCCUCAGAGGGUGACGGUGCCCUCAGAGGGUGACAGUGCCCUCAGAGGGUGACAGUGCCCUCAGGGGGUGACGGUGCCCUCAGAGGGUGACAGUCCCUCAGAGGGUGACAGUGCCCUCAGAGGGUGACAGUCCCUCAGAGGGUGACGGUGCCCUCAGAAGGUGACGGUGCCCUCAGAGGGUGACAGUGCCCUCAGGGGGUGACGGUGCCCUCAGAGGGUGACAGUGCCCUCAGAGGGUGACAGUCCCUCAGAAGGUGACAGUGCCCUCAGGGGGUGACAGUGCCCUCAGAGGGUGACAGUGCCCUCAGAGGGUGACAGUGCCCUCAGGGGGUGACAGUCUCUCAGAAGGUGACAGUCCCUCAGAGG